AUGGUGGCUGGAGAAGAAGAAGAGGAAGUGCAGUGGAGAAAAAUACUGUACCGUAGACAACCGUAUCCUGACAAUUACUCUGGUGGUGACGAGCAAUUUCUGAGCGAACUGAAAAAGAACCUGUCUGCUGUGAAGUAUACCUAUUGGGAGGCGGUUUUCGGCGUCGAAAGGCUCGUAUUUCACCUGAAUUUGAUUGUGCUACUCUACAUCACCUUCGAAUAUACUUCAAUUAAUUUCGCCGACCACCUGUAUACGGUAGUGGUAUUGUUUUUCUUUGGAUAUGCAACAACUCCGGCUAUAAGCGUAUCAUAUCACUUAUCAGUGAGCAGUGGUCUGAGCUCAGCUGUUUUUCUUCUCUCACGGUUGGAAUCGAAUGAUCUGGCUUUUGUUAUGUUAUCUAUGUCGUUUGCCUUACACGCUUUUUCACCGUUUAUCAGGAAUCUCCUAUUUGCCCACUAUGCGGUGAUUUCAACGUUGCUCACGAUCUCCUUAUCAGUAUUCUCAACAUAUCUGCUGUGGACGUUGUUUGUGGAAUUAUCAGUAAUGUGGAUGUUGUUUCAACUGUUUCUAUUGUUUAUUUGCCCAUUUAUUUUGAUUGUUAAGCAGAAG